AUGGUGACUCUUCAUCCACUCGGUUUAAAUUUGGUCUUUGAGUGUUUGAAUUUUCGAACACUCCAACGGUUGCGCUUUGUCAACAAGAAGAUUUUCUUUUUGACACAACACAUUUCGCACCUCAGUAUAUACGACACAGACGGCCCAAAGCUCAUUAAGUCACAAAUUCAGGUCGACAGUUUGUUCAUCUUACCAACACAAACAUCUCCGAUCGACAAUGACAUUUUUAAAGACCUUUCAUGGAUCAAUUUACUCAAAAAUACAAAGACACUCAUAUACGACUACGAAGGUGUUGUGAGUCAGGCUCAGUUGCUCCAGUGCAUUUCUUGUAGGUCAACUUCACACCUCGAAGUUGUAAUGGACCACGGAACCCAAGCCGAGCACGCCCAAGGCGUUCAAAAUAUCAUCAACACCCUUCCCAGCCUCACCAAUUUGAAAAUUGCCAUCGACCCCUUCAAUGAUACAACAACUAAAUCGCCUAUUCUGUAUAACAUUGAACGGAUGAGUAACUUGGAAACUGUGCAGGCAUUUGGGUAUAACCACUCUUUUAAACGCAUUCCAAAUCUUUCGAAACUCAACAUAUUUGUUUCGAUAUUUCAAGAUUACUCCGAUUUCAUCACUGACGCAAGUACGUUUUACAACUUGACGUCGUUAACAAUACGUGAGGGCGAUAACAGUAUCGUCCCCGUCGAUCAGUUGUUAAGGCUUCGCUGCCUUCCCCACCUGAGAUAUUUGAAUUUAAAGAAGGUGCAAGUUGGCUUUGAUCCCUCAUUGGUGAAAUUAUCGGAAAUUCGUGGGAUCGAAAAGGUUUUUUUGGACUUCGAUAUUCAACUCACAGACGACUCAGUUAAUCACCUCUUGGCCUUUCCGCCAGUAUUCACCAUUUUCCUUUCAAUCACGAUCGACCAAGGUUUCAGAAACAAACGGCUGUUACCCUCCAAUAUCAUUGUGGACCAAUUGUAUAUGGAGCAUCCAACCCUUCCAAACGUAUGUAUCGACGACUUGUUGACGCGUGCAAAGUUGAUUACAACAGAUCAGGACAACCUUUUCUUCAAAACAAUGUCGUUUGUGCAGACCUUGCAAUGCCUGAACACUUCAAUGUUCCAGGCCGACUGCACUCCUUUCCUGAAUUCCAUCCUUUUAUGUGGUGACGUUCCAGACAACUCACUCAAACUCAACAAGAUUGAGAACUUGAAAAAAAUCAAAAUUUAUGAUUCAAUUGUCGGAACGCUCGAGUUUUUAAGGGGAUGCGACUUGGAUUCGUUUUUGCUAGUGAACUGCACGUACCCAGAAAAUCAGUUCGGGCUCAUUUUGGAACAGAGAAAUCUCCUCAGCCUGACACUACUUGUCUCUCCACAGAUACUGAAAAGAGAACAAAACGACAUGCUCUUUCAACUUCCUUAUUUGCAGUUUCUGAGAACGGCAUACUGUAACACGAUGAUCGAAGAAAAUUUCCAUUUAAUAAGAAAGAAUUUCUGA